ACGGAUUGGAGUCGUUGAAUAUUCUAAAAAAACGUUGCCGAUUUUACUUUUCCUAGGGCUAUUGGUUUGAGAUAUUGGCAACACUAUACAAAGUGUCUCCUCUUGACAUUGUCACUAGUGCCAGUUGUCAUUGUCGGUGCAGUUCUUUUCCAGUAUAGUUCGCAAUGGGUAUCAGCAGAGACCAUUGGCAUAAGCGAAGGGCGACAGGUGGUAAGCGAAAGCCCCUCAGGAAGAAGAGGAAGUUCGAGUUAGGGCGCCCUGCAGCCAACACCAAGCUAGGAGACCGCAGGAUUCAUUAUGUGCGUACUCGAGGAGGCAACUUGAAGUACAGAGCCCUAAGGCUAGACAAGGGAAACUUCGCUUGGGGCAGUGAAGGAACCGCAAGGAAGACUCGUAUUAUCGAUGUUGUUUACAACGCCAGCAAUAACGAACUUGUCCGUACCAAGACUUUGGUAAAGAACGCUAUUGUGGUUAUAGACGCCACCCCUUUCAGACAGUGGUAUGAAAGCCACUACAUCUUACCCUUGGGCCGCAAAAAGGGCGCAAAAUUGACUCCAGAGGAAUCGGCCGUUUUGAACUCAGCAGCUGCUCGCAGCAAGAAGGUCCAGAAGAAAUACGAAAACCGACAGAGGCUGGCGAAAGUUGAGCCCGCGUUGGAAGAACAGUUCCAAACUGGGCGGCUAUUAGCUUGCUUGGCGUCUCGUCCUGGACAGUGCGGAAGAGCCGAUGGUUACGUUCUAGAGGGCAAAGAACUUGAGUUCUACCUUAGGAAAAUUAAGUCUAAGAAAGCCAAAUAAACUUGGCUUUAUUUCAAAAUAAAGUACAAAUGUUUGUACUGUAA